AUGCCUCCCAAAAAGAAGAAUCAAGGAACAGAUGAUGACCUCGGUCCAAUGCGUGCUGCUCGUUUUGGUCGUGUAAAGAACACAUUGACCAUGGGAUUCGUCGGUCUUCCUAAUGUUGGAAAAUCCUCGCUUACCAACCUUUUGUCAGGUUCAACACAUGCUGAAGCUGCGAAUUAUCCUUUCUGUACCAUUGACCCCAAUGUUGUCCAAUGCAUUGUUCCAGAUAAGAACUUCAAAUACCUUGUAGAUACCUGGAAGCCACCUUCCAUUGUCCCAGCUGCCUUGAAGGUGACAGAUAUCGCCGGUUUGAUCAAGGGUGCCAGUGAGGGAGCCGGUCUUGGUAAUGCAUUCUUGAGUCACAUUGCUGCCGUCGACGGUAUUUAUCAUUUGGUCCGUGCCUUCAACAGUGAUGAAGUGAUCCAUGUCGAUGAUUCUGUGGAUCCCAUUCGGGAUUUGGAAACCAUCCAAGGCGAGUUGUGCGCCAAGGAUGCCUCUAGUUUGCAAGCUGUGUAUGACCGUGAAUGUGAGCGGGUGAGGAAGGAAAAGGGAUUGUCCCGACAAGCAACUAAUUUCAAGCUUUCGGAGCCAUUCACAGAGGCAUAUAACAAAGUCAAAGCGUUGGUGGAAUCCAAUACUCCCAUUCGAUCGGGAGAAUUCACGGCUACGGAAGUCGACAUUAUUCGUGACUGGGCAAUGAUCACUACCAAGCCACAAAUUUACGUGGUCAACUUGUCACAGAAGAGUUUCGUCCGCAAGGGUAGCAAGUGGCUGCCCAAGAUUGGCGAAUGGGUUAAGGAACACGGUGGCGGUCAAAUUAUUCCCGUCUCUUGUGAAUUCGAACAAAACUAUUUUGACUUGAAAGAUGAUCCAGAGAACCAGAAGGCUUUCCUUGAACAAUGUAAGGAAGAGGCUAUCGGUGCUGGCUUGAAGGGCCCACAAGCGGAGAUUAGGUCGAUGGUUCCCCGUUUGAUCCGCGCCGGACGUCAAGCCUUGUGCUUGCAAUCCUACUACACUGCCGGGCCCAAGGAAGUCCGUGCAUGGACAAUCAUGAAGGGUACUUUGGCACCGCAAGCCGCUGGUGUUAUCCACACCGAUUUUGAAAGAGGUUUCAUCAAGGCUGAGGUCUGCAAUUUCACUGAUUUCAAGGAACUCCACAAGGGUGAAGCCAGUAUGGCCAAGGUCAAGGAAGCUGGAAAAUACCGCCAAGAAGGGAAGCAAUAUGUUAUGCAAGAAGGCGACAUAGUGGUAUUCAUGCACAACACAACAACUGGCAAGAAGAAGUAA